AUGACUUAUCUCGGAGUCCACGCCGAGAAGCUUACUGGGCCUCACAAACCGUCGCUGAGUUCAGAACACAAACGACGUCUUUUUGGGCGAGUUUAUAAUCUUGACAAAGCCAUCGUUGCUUUCACUGGGAGGCCACCGCUACUGAAUCCGCACUUUUGUUCGACACCGCCACCACUGGAUUUGAGUGAUGAGGAUCUUCUCGCUGGAGGUGCUGUGCUUGAGAGGGCCGUGUCUGAGCUUGAUAGUCGUGGCUGGAACUUGAGGGGCGGUGUUUAUCCAUCUAGUAUCUGUCGAGCUGGCUACUUGAUGGCUCAGAUACUGAACGAAAUCAUUGAUAUUAGUCUUGGUUCUGGGUCUAAUACGACAGUUGAGACGAUCAGAAAUCUCAAGCAAAGGCAGAUAAAUGUCAUCGCUGAACUUCCCCGAUGCCUUACCUAUGAUCCCGAUGACCCCACAGAUCUUCCUCUUCCCAGAUCAGAAAUACAGUCGUAUGACAAAGACCUUUCUGACCCCCCAGUCGAGACAAACGUUGUGUCCAUGAAAGUAUUCAUCCGACUCACACAUCUACAGAACAUGUUCUUGCUGGAAAGGCUGCUCCUCCAAUUUGGGUGUCCGGAUGAAGGAGAUGUUCUUUUGGUUUCGUAUGAGAUGAUAACGCUUACUCUAAUGUUCUGGAUGCACAAGGAUCGGUUCCGUGAUAUUCGGCGUGAUAUGGAGUGGCUGCUUAUGGCCUUUGCAGUGCCAGGCGGUGGCAUCCUCUGCCUUGAACUCCUUAGUCCAACAUUCCAAGGCACACAUCCCAAGGACAGUCGCCUAAGUCGAUCAAGCAUUGUUCAGCAACUCAGUUUGCUAGUUGGUUUCUUGGACUGGGUUCACCCAUCAGCACCAAACGGCGAUCUCUGUGCGAGCUGCAAGACUGUGAUACAGCGUGUGUUGGAUUAUCAUCUCAAUAAUAUGGAUCCGAUGAGUGACAUUGGAUCACUGGACCAGUUCAGUUCUGGUUUGGCGGGGAGGCUCAACUUUCGAUUCGAGUUAUUGAACACGUUUGAUUGGCUCAAUGCAGGAUAG